AUGUUUCCUGAUAACAAUCCAAAGAGUCAAUCAGAAAAUGAUGCUAGUAAACGAGUACUGUCUUGUACAAAAGUUUUCUUCAAACAACUGAUUAGACGUAAACCAAUGGAAAUAUUACAAGCUGAAAUCGAUACACGAAAUGAAUUGAGACGUGAUCUAAAUUGGAUUCAAUUACUUGCUAUAGGUCUUGGUGCUAUUAUUGGUGCUGGAAUAUUUGUAUUAAGUGGACAAGCAGCUGCAAAAUAUUCUGGUCCAUCAAUCAUCAUUUCAUUUGUUAUAACAGGCGUUAUUACUUUAUUAUCAUCUUUAUCAUAUUCAGAACUAGGAGCAAUGAUGUCUAGUUCUGGUUCAGUUUACACAUAUACUUAUGCAGAAUAUUUAGCAUGGUUUAUUGGAUGGAAUUCCGCGCUACUUUAUCUAUUCGCCGCUUUGACAGUGAUAGUUGCUUGGAGCAAGUAUGUUGUCCUAUUGAUUGAUAUUUUAUCUGAUUAUAAUGUAACAAGCAUGAUUCUUCAAGCACCAGUAGCUUGGAACGAAGACACGGAACGUUUUUUUAUCACUGGUCAAGUGAUUAAUAUACCUGCUGUUGCAAUUACUAUUGUAAUUACAAUUCUUCUUAUUAUUCGAAUUCGUCAAAUGGCUAUAGUCAAUCUUGUAUUGGUUGUGUUUAAAAUUAUUACAAUUUUAAUAUUUAUUUUCGCCUGUUGUAAAUAUGUAGAUCGCAAUAAUUAUUAUCCAUUUUUUCCACCAAAUCAAGGUACAUAA